CGGUAUUCUUCUCUCUCUGUGAGCUCAGAGCGGAUCGAUAAGCAACAAUGGCCAGAACGAAGCAGACCGCCCGUAAGUCCACCGGAGGAAAAGCUCCCAGGAAGCAGCUGGCGACCAAGGCUGCCCGUAAGAGCGCCCCCGCCACCGGCGGAGUGAAGAAGCCCCACCGUUACAGGCCCGGUACCGUGGCUCUGAGGGAGAUCCGCCGCUACCAGAAGUCCACCGAGCUGCUGAUCCGCAAGCUGCCCUUCCAGCGCCUGGUGAGGGAGAUCGCUCAGGACUUCAAGACCGACCUGCGCUUCCAGAGCUCCGCCGUCAUGGCUCUGCAGGAGGCCAGCGAGGCUUACCUGGUGGGCCUGUUCGAGGACACCAACCUGUGCGCCAUCCACGCCAAGAGGGUGACCAUCAUGCCCAAAGACAUCCAGCUGGCCCGCCGUAUCCGCGGAGAGAGGGCUUAAACUGACCCCAGACCUGUUGGACCAACACACAACGGCUCUUUUCAGAGCCACAUAAACUCCCUGAGAGCAGCAGUCCUCAAACACAUCUUUAUUAUUCAAUAUUAACAUUAUUAUAUAGUAUAAAGUCUAAUAUCUCUAAUGUACAGUCUGAGGUUAAAGAGGUUGUUUACUGUCACAUUCUGCAGAUUAAAUAAACUCAUCUGGUUUCA